AUGAGCACCGCCCCCUACCUGCUCCAGCCCCUGGCGGAUGGCUUCUCGACAGAGCCGCCCGCGGUCCGCCUGGCGCUGCUGACCGCGGCCGCCAAAAUCUUCUUCAAGCGGCCGCCGGAGGGGCAGAAGCUGCUGGGCGCCUGCCUGGCGGCAGGGCUGGGUGACACGGACCAGGACGUGCACGACAGGGCGCUGCUGUACUACAGGCUGCUGCGGCAUGACGUGAGCGCGGCCGAGAAGGUGAUCUCCUCGCCAGAGGAGGCCAUGUACCACUUCACAGAGGACCAGUCCCCAGAGGCCCAGGAGCAGAUCUUUGAGGAGUUCAACAGCCUCAGCGUGAUCUACCAGCAGCCAGCCUCUUCCUUCGUUGAGGCCUCACAGUACCACCAACCGCCCGAGGACGACCCCGCCGCCGACGCCCCAGCGGCCGGCGGCGGCGCGGCCGGCGGCGGCGGCGGCGGCGGGGGCGGCGGCGGGGACCAGGAGACGAGCCUGCUGGCGGCGGCGCAGGGGGAUCUGCUUUCGCUGGACGACGACGCGCCGGCAGCAGGCGGCGCGGCGGCGGCGGUGGGCGCGGCGGCGCAGCAGCGGAGCGUUGGGGGGAGCCUGCUGGAUUUAGAGGCGGAGUACAGCGCCCCGGCCCCGGCCCAGCCGCAGCAGCAGCAGCAGCAGCUGGCCGCGUUUGGCGGCGGCCUCGACAGCCUGCUUGGCGGGGACCUUGGGACCGGUGGCGCUGCGGCCGCGGCGCAGCCGCCGCAGGGGCUGUCGCUGGCGGCGGCGGCCAAGGUGAUGCCCGGGGUGUUCCAGGAGAAGUGGAAGCGGCUGGGGGCGGCGCACCAGUACGUGGAUACCCUAAACAUGGCCACGGUGGCCGCGCUGGCGUCCAACAACCACAGGGACUUCUGCGCGCACGUGGCGCAGGCCAACAUACACACGAUGGCGUGCGGGGGCCAGCCGCCCGCGUACAAGUACUACUUUUAUGGGCAGGAGGCUGGCACUGGGGCGCUGUUCCUGGUUGAGAUGGUCGUGGCCACCGAGGCACGCCAGGCGAGCUUCACGGUCAAGGCGGAAGCGCCGCAGCAGCUGCCCGCGUUUCUGGAGGUGUGGCGGGUCGUCAUGGCUGCGUUCUACCGGUGA